AUGACGCAGACACAGAGGCAGGCCAACGAGCAACAAGCUCUCAUGCAAGCAGGGCAAAUCUCAGGAAGCCUAAGCUUCACAAGCAGUACUUUAAGCACCAAAGAAGAUGAUGAAAUGUCGAAAUCAGCCCUCUCGACUUUUCGGGCCAAGGAAGAAGAGAUUGAGAAGAAGAAGAUGGAGGUCAAGGAGAGGGUUCAGCUCCAUCUUGGACGCAUCGAAGAAGAAACCAAACGCCUAGCUUUUAUACGCGAGGAGCUUGAGGCGCUCGCGGAUCCAAUGAAGAAGGAAGUCUCAGCUGUCCGUAAAAAGAUCGAUACUGUGAACAAGGAGUUGAAGCCACUAGGGCAGAGUUGCCAGAAGAAGGAGAAAGAGUACAAAGAAGCACUCGAGGCUUUUAAUGAGAAGAACAAAGAGAAGGUGCAGCUAAUUACUAGAUUGAUGGAGCUGGUAAGCGAAAGCGAGAGGUUGAGGAUGAAGAAGCUCGAGGAGUUGAGCAAGUGCAUAGAAACAACACGUUGA